UUGCGCUAUUUUACCCUGUCCCAGGAAAGAACCAAAUUACCCGCUGGACUAUAUUGAUCAUGCUCAGAUCACCACGGGAACGGUUAGUUUUAACACUUAGUGAAACGACAACUUUGAUGGUAGCCUGCGAACAGGCUCCGGUGAGCCCGAACGAAGCGAUCGCUUUGCCCUCCGAAUUCUUCUGUUUCGCGUUCGCCGAAAUUUUUUCCGUCCUCGCCGGGAGCCUGUUCGCAGGCUACUUUGAUGGUAGAUUUUGCCACACGCUAUGCCUGGAAGGGCCAAUAUCACGUCAUCCUUCGGUAGUUUUUAAACAUACGUAUUAAAAUGCGCAUAUUUGAUGAGUCUGUCUUAAUUGAUCGACAUGGCGUCUAGAUCUUGGAAUUCUUUCGUUGCUCCGUCCGUACCGGGACGCUGUACUUGUUAACUUGUGUACGACUUCUCGAAGACAAAGAUUGCAACAUGUAUCACUGACCUAUCACUUAUUGAAGAUGUCUGAUAAUUUGGAAAUCUGAAUAUUGAGCCUGACUGUUAAUCCAUUUCCAAAGUUCAGAGUACUGGGGACAAGUGGUGUUGUACUUUCAGCGAUUCCGCUACAGUAAAAUGUCUCGUUCACCAACCGGAAAAGCACAUUUUCAACGAAUCUCUCGACUCUUAAUAUUUGGAGGCAAAACCUUACUAAGAGAGAUUUUUGACAUCAAAUGCCCACCAUAUUAUCUUAACCAAAUGUUGCAAGAUCAGUCAAUAGUGGAGAGGCUCGAAGGAGCAAAUCUCACCACGCCAGAGUGGCACUGUCUAUAUCCUUCCCCAGGGGUGUGCGGCAAAUCAGCAGACUUUGAUAUUUCUCUGCUCUUAAAGUUGCUCAGCGCCAUAUGUAACCUUACCCCUCCUGCGACAGGCUGGGUUGCGCGGCCAACUAAUGCAGACCACAGUUUAGCUGCAGAUUUGGUGAGAAUUAAAUAUUAUCGUAACCUACUCGUUUACUCGAAACAAAGCGUGACGUAUGAUGAGUUUGUAUCUCUUUCGGAAGAGAUCAGUGACUCUCUGUUGCGAAUUGCAGCAUACAUUGGCCCUGAAAAGAGAACUGAAUGGCAAAAGCUCAUUCAUAAACUUAGAAAGGAUCCACUGAUAGUUCAAGAAGUGAAAAAUACAGAAGAACUGCUCCAGUGGUAUGAGAACGAUACUGAAGCUAUGGAAGAGUUUAUGCCGGUGCUGGCCACCACAACUGAAGUCUGUUCCUUGGAGACAAUACUUCGAGAGUUAGGCCAACGCCUUAGAGAUUUGCUGAGAAAGGACUUGAUAGCCAAGACUCGAGGAGUCCAAGGAGUGCAGCGUUCUAGUUUGAAAGUUGUCGAGGAAGGGGUAGAAGAAACAAAACAUAUAGCAGAGACCGCGGAUCAAGAAAAAUUCCAGGUCAAAGAUCAGCAAGGAGACGUACAUCAGCCCACAGGCAAGCUCGGUUCCUCAGUUGGUGGCUUACGAGGAGCACGCAUUAGGCUCUUUAUCAAUAGUGAAGUCACGUCAGGACGACCUGACUUACGAGGAAGAUCUUCAGUGAAGAACGUGGUUACGCAGGAACCCCAGGGAGAGGUCCACGGCGCAUUCGUAGGCCAAACAGAAUUACACCAAAAACAAGCACCAGGUACCACAGAAGUCCCAAAGGACGAAACAACAGCACAUUUAUCAGAGGGACCAGUACAAGAGGAAGCCCAAGACAUCAACGAUAAGGUGGAAGAGGAAAAUGAAACCAGAAUUCAAGAAGCCCGAAAGACAUUGGAGCACUUGAGUUUAACGCGUAUCAAGGCAGGGCUGGAAGGAACAACGCAUACAAUAAAAAGCGAGGUGCAAGAGAAAGCCCAAGACGUCAAAGGCCGACGUCGAACGUCAGACGUCAGAGGUGUCCAAACACGAGUGGAGCGAAUGGGUUUUAAAGAUAUCCAGGAAGGUCCGGAAGGAAUUAUGUAUUUAACAGAAAGUUCAACGAGCGAGGAAGCUCACGACAUCAAAUAUCAGCAAGAAGAAGAGCUCCAAAGGGGAGUAAAACCUACACUGGAGUCAACUCUGCCCUCUGAAGGUGAAAAACUUGACCUACGAGGAAAAUCUUCGAAGGAACCCCAAGGAGAGGACCCUGAGGGAGUAAGAGUAAAACCACUAGAGGAAGUUCUGCGUCUCAUUGCUGCCAACUACUUGCAACCCACACCGCCUCGUUGUAAGGCAGAACAAGAUGAAUUCUUGCAUUAUCUUAAAGAAAUGCGCUUGCUGAUAACUGGCGUGACACUAGGGAGCGUGAUAAUCACACUGGAAUGUACUUCUCUUGAAAUACUUGAGAGAUUGUGGGAAGAAUCUAGCAGAGGCCACAUGAACGAAGUCGCACAAAAAUUACUUAUAACGGACGACCUUAUCCGGGAGUUUGGUGAGGUAAAGGUCACCGUAACUAUUUCAGAGGAGGAAUACAAAGCUUGUCGAGCAUACUUUCUGCAGUUUUUAGAUGGGUCAAACAUGCAGCAGGGUACAACAAGAAAGAGAAAGGCAUCAGUUCCACUUACCGACUCCCAGGAGCGUAAAAAAACCAAAGUUUUUUAUUAUAAAGGGGACAGUAGCCCAGAACCUGUAUCAGAGGGUAAUAAUGACACUGAGACUGGAUCAAGAGAACAUAUGGAGUGUACACAGACCAAGUCAGAGAGUGAGAUGGAGGCUGCGACAUCCCGUGAGAGUGUGCGGACUGAUUCAGAGGCCCUCUCAGAGAACUGGAUAGAAUCUACGUUGGGCGCCGGAAUAGAGAAAUGCGAGGUGGGCGAAAGCGGAGCAGUUUGGAGGCUUCAGGAUUCUCUGGCUGCUUGUGUAACAUUUCCCCCGAACGCUGUGAAAACAACUGUGGUGUUCCGAUGCAUACUGUGGCAGUCAACAAUUGCCUUUCCACCCUUAAGAAAGAAUGAGGCAUUGGUUAGCAAUGUAAUAGCCCUUGCAUGCGAUGAUCUUCUACGCUCCGAUUUUACCGGGAAUUUUGAUGAGGAAGUUUCAGUUGCCUUAUCUCACAGUGCCACUAACCUUAACGGGUACGAGGUGGUGAUGAGAGAGUUGGUGGAUCCACACAACAAUGAGUGGAAGGAUUUAAAGACAACAAACAUUUGGAAAGCGUCAGCAGAUACGCAGUGUGAUCUCUACUCAACACCAAGAUUCCCCUUUUCUGAGGCUAAAGUUACGUGUUGUUCCGUGUUUGCUGUUAUCUGCCGUCUCAAGUCCUACACAUAUUCGACGCAUGGCCAACAAAAACAAGAUUUUACCUGCAGAGUUCCAGAGUACCCUGAUGUGACUGUGACAAUCCCAGCGAGUGUCGUCCACAAGAAUGGCGACUUCCAGUUAACUCUUAAGGUCCAAGAAAUUCCACAUCAGUGGUUUGACGAUAGUGAAAUAAUCGGCCCUGUCCUUCACAUAGCAUGUUCGCCUGUCAUUCAGCUUGUGGAGCCAGCAACAAUUACUAUUCCUACUUCACUGCAAGCAGACAAGAAUGAUUGUGGAAAACCCUCGUUUAAGAACCCACAUGUAAGGUUGUUAAUGAAUUCUGACGAGGAAACAUCGCAUUGGACAGAGAUUACAGAGCAACUGCCAAGACCAAAUUUAACAAAUGGGGUGAUUACAUUUCAAGCGACACAUUUCACCAGGUUUAUCGUAUGGCUUAAAGAGAUGUUGAGUCCAAAUCCAAAGGAUCCUGCUGAUCGUCCUCCUAAAAACGUGCCCCUGGAGGAUCGUGCUGAUCGUCUCACUGAACACGUGCCCCAGAAUGCCGGUUUCUUUGCAUGUUUGUGCCGUAGCAGUAACAUAUCACCAGAAGAGUCUAUGUUGAGAUAUUGUUGUUAUCCAAUUGCUCUGGAGGAACCAGUUAGAAACAGUAUAUGCGCUGCAUUUGAUGUCUUCUCUUAUGGUUACGGAAACUCCUUGGAACCACUGUGUCCUGAUAAUCUGAUAUAUCUUGCAUUACGGAAGGGUCUUGAGCCAACUGAUGAUAAAGAAGCUUUAAACGACGGGUUACCACUCAGUUCUUCAGCAAAACGUUUAGGCUUCAAAACAUAACCUCAAGACACAUUUUGAUCUAGGGCAAGUGUGCAGUGGGUGCACACACUCCCCCUGAGAUGACAUGCGGCUUUCUAAUAUAACUGGUAGUCUGCAAAACAAAAAACACCGCAGUUACGCCAUUCCUUAGUGCUGCACUCCGUCCUAAGAAAAACCCUGGACCCUCCCCUGUUUUGAUAUUGUUUGAAGCAAUAUGUCAUCAAAUAGUGUUUAGCUGUCGGUCCACUCACUAUUAUGAGGCAAAAGGUAUAAUUUGACAUGCUUUUGUGAUUUGCUCGAGAUGAAACAAACAUAUUUUUUCUUUCUUCUUUUUUUUCUGUUUGCCAUACACCAUAGUUUAAGGCAUUGGUUUUAGCUUUUUCAUAUCACAUCUGGUUCGCGCAGAAUUCAUGUUUUACCGAUUUUCAAUUUUUUUUGCUUGUCGUUUCCUUGGAAAUAUCGAUUGCCUUCAGAAAUACAUAAUUCCAGACUUUAAUCCAUUUCCAAUGACUGGUUUAAUUAAACUUAGAAAAUGUUAUUUUCCAAGUUGAAGUGGUGGAACGAUUUCACUCCAUCCUGCUUCACUCCUUCACUUCCUGUUAGACAUUUGGAACCCCGGGGGAGGGGUGACUCCCAUAUGAGUAGGGAUGCUCGUCGGAAAAUAUGAAUUUAACUCCUAAGGGAGACUACUGUGGAGGUUGCUUGAGCUU